GGGUCUUGAACGUGGCAGUACACACAAACAUGGCGGCAAGAUGAAACCCAGAAGUUAAUUUCCGCAACUUUAUGUUGAAGAAAUACGCUUUUAGUUAUAUAUAUUUUUACAUUUGACAAGUCCGAUUUGAAAUGUAGUUAUAUAGGCUGUCAUAGAUUAUGGAAAAUGGCGGCAUGGGCUGGAUUUUCAGAAGACGAGCUGCGAAGAAUGCAGCAGAACUCCGAUCAUCCAAACCAGACUGUGGCUGCCACGUUAGGUCGUGGGCGCAGACUCGCCCCAACUAACCGGAGCAGACAGCAGCUGCAGCGGGAGAAGGCUCUGCAGAUGGCCGCCAAACAAAAGGAGGACGUCGGGUCUUUACCACCUGAACAACAGCUUACCAAGCCCCCGGAUCCACCUUCUAUCAGUCACCCUGCUCCUCUUAAAUCUCCAGAGCAAUCCAAAGUGAUGGAGUCGGAACUGGUUAAGCAGGAACUAGUUAAGCAUGAGCCAGAAGAACCAGAAGCAGUUGCGCAGGCACAACCAACAGUCGCUAUCAAGGAACUUGACAAACAGGAAGUGGAAUUGCGGGAGAAGAGUCGUCUGGAGCAGUUUCAGUGGGAACAACGGAUAAUGGAAGAGAAAAAUAAAAAGAGAAAAGCUUUCCUUACAAAGACCAUUGCUGAAAAGUCCAAACAGACACAGGCUGAAGCUGUGAAACUGAAAAAGAUCCAGAGGGAACUUCAGGCACUGGAUGAUUCUGUGUCCAAUGAUAUUGGGAUUCUGAGAAAACUGAUAGAGGAAUCCAGCAUGGACUAUUCCUUGGCAUGGAAGCGUUUUGAGAAGGCAGAAGCUGAGUAUGUUGCUGCUAAGUUGGAUUUGCACAAGAAGACUGAGGUAAAGGAGCAGCUCACCGAGCAUCUCUGUGCGAUCAUCCAGCAGAAUGAGCUACGCAAGGCCCGCAAACUGGAAGAGCUGAUGCUUCAGCUGGAGCUCAAUGCUGAGGAAGUCCCCAACCCAGAAGAAACAGAAAAAGAGAACAAGGAGAGCACAGACAACUUGCAGUCUAUUUCUGAAAAUAAUCUUACAGAAGGCAUGAAGGGCUGCACAGAGGUGGAUGGUUCAAGUUUGAGUAAAGACGGUUCCAUUACAGAGCCAAAGAUCAGUCAAGACAAUCAAGAGAUCAGAGCAACAGAUGUUUCUACAGAUGGGCCAAGCUAGCCCACAAUCAUCUUUAUAAUGGAAGCUUCAUGAUGGUUAACAAAACACUUGUUAUUGGCUUUAGAAUUUUUCUCAUUGUGAGAAAGUUGAACAAAGCAACAGGGCUGCAUCUGUGAUUGAAAUGUUGACAUUUUGGGAGAAGACACCGUGUCAGUCUCAGUCUGGUGUCAGGAUUAAAUUCCCUGAUGCCGUAAGGCAGAUUCCUGAUUACAUUACCAAAUGACACUAAAAUGUUCUUGGCUUCAUAGUGGUGAUGCUCUGCUAAACUCAAAAGUAAUGAGAAGGCUUUAGUGGAUACUGUUUCCUGAUUGUCAGUUGUUUUAUUAUUUGACCUGUCUUGUAUUAAGAAAAUGGGUUAGGAAUCUUUUAAUUAAAAAAUGUCCUUUAUGACACUAUAAAUACCAUAUGGUAUACUGUACUGUUAACUUUAAGACUUUUCCAUAACUGUAACAUUAAUUUAUAUGGGGUGUUGGCAAAUGGUCUGGUGGAAAUUUGCUGUUUCGCAUAACAUUGCACAAGUAAAUAGAGAAAUAAUGAUUCAGCUGCAAAUGUAAAAUAACUAUCCAAAUGUUAGUAAAUCAGCGGCUAUUAAAUGUUAUUCUAAAAUAGA